AUGGCUCCCGUUGAGCGGUGUGCAUCUUUGAUGAGAGCUGAGAAUAUUAACCAGCUCAACCCCGGAGCGCCGGUUUUGGUGGGCGCUCCAAAGGCGCAAACCGACCAACCAGGAGUGACCAAGGGUGGCGCUGUCUACUCUUGCGAUAUCAAUUCCGGCUCCUCUUGUUCGCAAAUACCUUUCGACCUCAAUGGUAAGUAG